AUGAUCUUCACUUCUUCAUAUCCACCACUCACAGAGAUUCCUCAAUGCAAUGUUAUCGAGUUCCUUUUUCGGAAUCCAAACAAGAUCCCAGACAACCAUCCCAUGCUUGUUGAUGCUGUUACGAAUGAUUGCUUGACGUAUGGUGAUCUCAGACAACGUAUUCUCCAGUUUGCUGCAGGAUUACAGGAUCAAUGCGACUUUAAAAAGGGCGACACCCUGUUGCUAUGCUCUCCAAACGAUUACGAGUAUCCAAUUCCAUUGUUGGGAGCAGCUGCAGCAGGCGGUGCUAGUUCCCCUGCCAAUCCCAAUUACACCGUUCAUGAAAUCCUGCAUCAGUUGACAUUGACCAAGGCCAAGGUUAUCAUCGGCCAUCCUGACAAUAUUGACCGAGUGAUUGCUGCAGCUUCCCAGGCUGGUGUACCACAAUCUCGUAUCUUUGUUCUUGGUUCCCACGGGAUCAAGGGAUGCCAAUCCUUCCGUGUAUUACUGGGCAAGCGCACAGGAGAGAUUACCAAGCUUACAGCUGAGGAAUCCAAGACAACGCCAGCAUACCUUUGUUUUUCAUCGGGUACCACUGGUCAAAGUAAAGGUGUUAUAACUACGCAUGCCAACAUCUCUGUGAACAUCCUCCAAUACCUGGCAAUCGAUGGCAAAGUUAUCAACAGCAAAAAAGACAGCACAAUCAUCAUGCUUCCUAUGUUCCACAUUAUGACACUAUCCAACAUUCUGCAUACAUCCAUAUACACUGGUACAACGUUGUAUGUUCUCAAACGCUACGAAUUGGAACGAGUGUGUGCUCUCAUCGAAGCCAAGAGAGUGCCGUUUGCUUAUAUGGUACCUCCAGUCUUGCUACAAAUCGCCAAAGAUCCAGCUGCUCAAAAGUAUGAUUUGUCUUCUCUCAAAUGGAUCAACAGUGCAGCAGCACCUCUUGGUGCUGAGCUUGUGGAGCUCUUGAAGGAACGUCUUCCUACGACCAUCGUGAAGCAGGCAUAUGGAAGCACUGAAACAUCGCCCGUGGCGACCACAGAGCCAAUUGACGAUGUUGCUCAAGGAUCGGUUGGACUUUUGGCUCCUAAUAUGGAAUGCAAGAUCGUCAAUGAAGAUGGCAAAGCGCUUGGAACUGGUGAGCGAGGAGAGAUAUGGCUCAAAGGCCCAAACAUUAUGAUGGGCUACAUCAACAAUCCCGAGGCGACAAGGAAUUCCAUUGAUGAGGAUGGUUUUUACCAUACAGGAGAUGUGGGUGUGAUUGAUCAGCAAGGCCAUAUGUGGAUCGUGGAUCGGAUCAAGGAAUUGAUCAAGUACAAGGGAUUUCAGGUGGCACCUGUUGAGUUGGAAUCAAUCUUGGUAGAGUCACCUGACGUAGCCGACUGUGGAGUCAUUGGAAUGUAUGAUGAAGCGAUAGCCUCCGAGAUCCCGAUCGCUUAUGUGAAGCUCAUGCCAAACGUGCCGUCCACAGAAGAAACUAAACAACGUAUCAAGCAAUACCUUGCAGAGAGAGUGGUACCAUAUAAGAAGAUUCAUCGUGUGAUAUUUACGGAGGCAAUUCCACGAAGUGCGGCUGGGAAGAUUUUACGUCGAAUCCUUAAAGAGCAGCUUUCGAAAGAUGUCAAGGAUAGAAAAAUGGUAUCAUCCAAAGCCAAGCUUUAG